ACAAUAUUGUAGAGUCAGUUUGAAGUAAAUUGUGAAAUAAAGUAAAAUCAUUCAUUUUUUAUGUUUAAAUCAAACAAAGAAAAAUUGUAUAUGGAUAUUGUGUGUGUUUCAAAUAAGAUGUAAUUUAUGACUAAUAACAAGCUCUGUUGGCUAUUAAGCGAAGCGAUGUUUUAUUUUUAUAGAAGCAACGUUAUUUUUAUGUGGCUACAAUAAAUAGCUUUGUUAAUGUGGCUACAGUGUAGAGGAAAAUAAUCUGUAUGAAAACAAUUUUUCCAAAAAAUGGACAACGACUCACCGGUGAAAACAGAAAAUGCUCAGUUUAGGAAUGGCAGACGAAAACAAGAAAAUAUGCAAAAUGGAAAACUCACAAACCAUCAAGGACUUUCCAGUGACAUCCGUUUAAAGAAUAGUUAUGUUCGUGGCAAAAAUGGUGUAAAUACGCCGCAAGAGUCCGGCAAUAAUGGACACCCGAGCGGAGAAGGACCAGGAAAGCUAAAUGACACUGGACUGUUUCACCUGACCAAUACAGUCAUAUUGCCAUUACUUGUAAUGACAUUGCUGCCCACCUUCAUCAUGGCACUCGUAUAUGCGAAUACAGACUGCAAUGGAAGUAUUUCUGGGAUGCUAUCUCGCUUUCACGACCAACCUAUUUCAUACACAUUUGCCCAGAUUUGGGGUAAAAACCUUGGCAACAUCGGUUUCUUUACGUUUGCCGUAAUACUUGGCUAUUACAUUUGGGCUGUAUUUUGCACCAAGAUGCUACCAGGAAAAACCGUGAAAGGACCAAUGACACAUACGGGAAAUACUCCUGUUUACGUAGAUAACGGAUUAUACUGUUACCUCCUUACAAUGGCUGGAUUUGGUCUAUUUACAGUUCUUUUAAAAAUGAAUGACCUGACACCUACCUUCGUCCUUGACCAUUUUGGAGAAAUGGCAGCCUUUAUGAAUGUGUAUUCUUACAUUUUCGUUUUUAUGUUGUAUAUUAAAGGAAUCUAUACUCCUUCAACAACUGACAGCGGACGAACAGGAAAAGGAUUUAUUUUCGAUUAUUACUGGGGAACAGAGCUGUAUCCACGUGUGUUUGGGAUUGACAUCAAAGUUCUUACAAAUUGCCGCUUUGCUUUGACAGUUUGGCCUCUUCUUGUGUGUAUAUGUGCAUUAAAAAGUUAUGAACUGUACGGAUUUGUAGACAGCAUGUUGGUCACAACGAUACUUCAGCUUUUCUAUAUCACCAAGUUUUUCAUUUGGGAAGCUGGAUAUUAUGGAACUAUGGACAUUGUUCAAGACCGGGCAGGAUUUUACAUUAUAUGGGGUUGCCUUAGUUUAUUACCUCCCCUUUAUCCUAUUGCAAGUUUCUACCUCGUAAAUCACCCUGUCCGUCUAGGCCCAUUUUGGACUUCCAUACUUCUUAUUGCUGGCAUUUCUUCUACAACAGUCAAUUAUUUGGCAGACCGCCAAAAACUAGUAGUUCGGCGGACAAAUGGAAACUGCAAAAUAUGGGGCAAACGCCCGGAUUUAAUCCGUGCCAAGUAUCUGGCAGAAAACGGAGAAGUUGGGGAAAGCAUACUGCUAGCAUCAGGAUGGUGGAGUAUAUCCAGGCAUUUUCAUUAUAUUCCGGAGAUCCUGCUAGCAUUCUGCUGGACAGUUACAGCAGGGUUCGAAGACUUGUUACCCUACUCCUACCUCAUAUUUUUGACGAUACUUCUGGUACACCGUAGUUUUCGUGAUGAAAAGAAGUGCAGUAAGAAAUAUGGCGAGUAUUGGCAACAGUACUGCUCCAAAGUGAAAUAUAGAAUUCUUCCAUACAUAUUUUAAAACUUAACUCUAUAGUAUACACGGACUUUUAUGUACCGCCACUCUUGGAAAAGGACAAAUAUCAUACAUGUAUAUCUAAAUCUUAAAAUAGACGUGUUCUCCAGAAGAACUGCAAUGCGUUUGGACGUAUCUUAAAAAAUACAUGUAAAGAAAUUUACGCGUGACAAUGUUGAAAUAUUUCAGCAAAACUAUGAUACGAUUUAUUGGAAUUCCUGUUUGUUAAAAAAUGUCUCAAAAUAUACAAGUUAUAAACUUGAUGAAAAUAAUCCUAGAAUGCUCCAUCUGAUCUUAGAUUUUGGCUUCAUCUUUCUUGCCGAACAUGUAUUUACAUACCAGACAACAAUAUGUUGCCUGGGUAAGAAAGGAUGAUAUCUACAAGACUACAGCCUUAAAUUUCCUGAUCUUAGUGGAAAAUACACCUAAACUCGUAUUAAUUCCGACAUCACUUAAGUCGACCUCACCUUAACCAAAAUGCAAACAUAAGCUUUUGAUGUGAUGCUUUACCUUAAAUUUGGUCACCAGCUUGUACUGAAUAUAAACAAAGUUCAUUAGCCAUAGUGUGACUAAUCUAAAAUUAGUACAAGAAUUAUGUCCCGUUCAAACUGUUAUCAUGGCUUUAUCAGUGAUUAUCCUUGCGAACAUUAACGCAUAAUUAUCGGAGGUAAACAUUUGACAUUGGUACAAACCUACGGACAGUCAAGAACAAUUCUAGGAGUAAUUACCAAAAUAAAUGAAAGGACACCAAACAGGAAGUUGAGGCAGUUCUUGAAGUAUCAUUGGCAAGUCUAACACUCUUCUUCAAUCUACAGCACUAGUUUACAAGGCUAUUUUUUUUAACAAAACCAGGAAAAAUGCCACUACAAUUUUGUAUUGCUCACGUUUUCAAAGAUACUUUACAAGGUUUCAGCAAGUGCAGUUUGUUCGAGUUACGUCCUAGUGAAAUGGUUUUAUUCAAUUAGCAUCUUAGUUUUACUAUAGAUUAAAUGCGGUUCUUACAUUAACAUUGUCAUUAUUCUAAUACAUGUACACUCAAUGUAACCAUACUUGUGUUUCUGGAUUCUGCACCAGUUCCGGCCUGUUCUCCAUGAAUAAUCGACAACUUCCCAUCAUAAAGGUGGAGGAUGAAUAACUUAAAGACACCUACAGAAUAACUGUAUUCUUUUGUAUUUCCAUGAUGAUAAUUAUACAUGCAAAAAAUGUGACAUACAAGUAUCUAGUUAGAAACUGACAGUGACACAUAUUAGGCCAAGACAAUGUGUUUAAUGUCUAAACAUUUUCUUGAAUAAAUGUAGCAGUAUGCACAGUA